AUGGAGCCGAACGGCUCUGUAGCCGUCGGCAGUCGAUUAAUUCUCGAUGGUCGUAUGACAUCAACAUCUUCAUCAUCCUAUGCCUCAUCAGGAGCUGAUGGGUCCGAAAUUGGCUCAGAACCAACACUUAACUUGUUGGGAAUGGCUUUAACUAUAAUUCCAUUAAUAACAAUUGCUGGAAACAUUCUUGUUAUACUAUCUGUCCUGCGUUUUCGAGCACUUCAGACAGCCAUCAACUUCUUGAUACUUGGCUUAGCAGUGGCUGACCUGCUUGUAGCAAUAUUCGUGAUGCCAUACGCCGUCUAUGUACAUGUUUAUCGUGGAAUGUGGUAUUUGGGAAAUUUGAUGUGUAACAUCUAUAUGGCUUGUGAUGUUGCCUGUAGUACAGCUUCCAUUCUUCUACUGGCUGUUAUCAGUUUUGAUAGGUAUCGAGCAGUUAGCCGUCCGAUUCAGUACUCAAGGCAAUCACAAAACAUUCGUCGAGUCUUUGCCAUGAUCUGUGGAAUUUGGAUUAUAUCACUGGCUCUAGCCAGUCCAAUAGUAUUCGGAGUGAAUGUUCGACCGAUGGAUGCAAGUAAAACGGAAUGUCGUUUAUACAAUGCCGAAUUCUCAAUCGGAUCUUCCAUUAUCUCUUUUAUAAUUCCAUGUAUUCUGGUAUUAUUUGUGUAUAUAAGAAUCAUAGUGGCUUUGAAAAAACGUGAAAAAGCAGCUCGUCUGAGACGACAGAAAAACUUAGGAAUAAGCUCAGCAUCUUCUGGUCUUCAGAAUAGUAAUGAUGAUGGUGAUGAAGCUGGCCGAAUAGUUGCUGGUCCAGAAGAACGCGAUUUCGGUGGAUCAUCUACACCUCGUAGUAGUGUAGAUGAAUCAUUAUCUGAGAAUGUUAACGUUAUCAGUAAUGAUUUUCUAUCUGAAGGAUUCACAAAUGCAUCUCGUCGUUCUUCGGUUGGAGAAGAGGAAUCACAACCAACAUCUUCGCAAAACUCAUCAGCUGAAAGUGCAACAAAGAAGUCUCGCAAGUUCAAGCAUCGAUCGAAGACGCUAGACAUUGCUGCGACCAGCCGAUCUGCUUCAUUUUCUUUGAACACUCUGCGAGGUGGAAGUGAAGCUAUUUUACCUUCAAUCAUACGCUCAAUUUCUCGUCGAAGUCCUCGUCUCUUCCGAUCUCAACAUCAUCAUGAGGAAAAUAUAGUUAUAUCUAAUUCUGAUUUGAAAGAUCCACUGGAUGCAGCUUCAAUUCGUGCAGAUGAAGCACGUAGAACAUCCCAAACUGAAACGGAAACAAUUUCUGCCUCAAGGACGGAUGUUAUGCCAACAGCGAAUUUCAGUCGAAGCACUACAGUCAACAGUGAACUUCUUGGAUCGCCUGAAGCUAGCUCAAUGACAAUAUUCGAGAAUCCAGCAAACAAAAUAUUCGAUCAGUCGCAAGAGGAAACAAAGCUGACCGACGAAACGUCUGCUAAGGAAGAUUCACAGCCAACAGUCACAUUUUCUAUGACUGUUCGGAACAUGACAGAAUCUCCGAGCAAAGAUCAGAAGUUGAAAGGUUGUGGUUACUCGAUGGAGAAUGUUGAGACCAAUCCUUUGAUGACUACUGAGCCAGCAUUAGCUGUCAAAAUAUUAACUCGCGGAUCUGUUUCACACGACCCUGUAUUCAUGCGGAUGGAUUCUGCUGGCUCUUCACUAGGACGAUUAGAACGUAAAGAAAGCUGGAAGUCUAACCAAUCAUCAUCGACUCAAGCUGCAGCUGCACCUCCAGUAGUAUCAAACAAUAAGCCAAAACCGAAGAACGGCUUAGCUGUGAAGCUUGUCAAGAAAACUUUACGACAUGAGCAGAGCCUAAAACGAAAGGUCUCCAAAGCGCAUCGCAAAGAGAAAAGAGCAACGAAAACUUUAGGAGUUGUUGUUGGAGUCUUCUUAGUCUGUUGGGUUCCAUUUUUUGUUAUCAACAUCUUGAACGCUGUCUGUAUCUUGUUUAAUAAGGAAUUCUGUCAGGUUAGCUUCGAUGUCUUCUUCUAUUGUACAUGGAUUGGAUAUAUGAAUUCAUUUAUGAAUCCCAUCAUUUAUACAAUUUUUAACACGGAGUUUCGUCGUGCUUUCAAAUCGCUCAUAUUUGGACGAGAAAAUGGUCGAAGUUCACGAUGA